AUGGUGCAAGAGGCUUCCCAAUCGGAGACUUCCCCAGGCAAUUUGCUGUUGGAAGUCAUUGCGAAACAAGUGAAGUGCCAUCGGCCGGAAGUGAAUUCGGACAGCUCGAUUGAGGGUAGUGACCUGGAGUAUUAUUAUACUGACAGCGAUAGUGAGGAAAGUGAAUCUGAUGGCGAUGAUGAUGAUUAUGACGAUGAGAAGUAUCAAUCUGAGGCGGAAUUCAACGAUUUGGAGAAUGUUGCUCCGUCAGCCGAGGACGUUCCUCGAGAAAUCAGUAUAAAGAAAUGCCUGUGA